AUGCCUAUGAAGGACAGCGAAGAGGACUCCGCGCUUUCCAAAGGUGCACGGAAUAAGAAAUGUCUCUACUGUGAUCGCAAAUUUGUCAAAGCCGAGCAUCUUCGUCGUCAUCAAAGGUCUCAUACUGGAGAGAGACCAUUUCAAUGCAAGUACUGUCUGAAAGAAUACGCGAGAAGCGAUGUCCUUAUGAGGCAUAUAAGAAACCAUCAUUUGCAUGUCGAAAGUGAAAAAGACGUCAAACCGAAGGCUUCGAACGACGUCCUUCAAGACCAGACAAUUGCUACGUCGAGUGCCCCUCAGAACGCUACGGAAAUCAGUGGCACUGCUUCAGCUAUGCCCAAGCAGUCCGUGAAGCAAGUAUCUCAAGCACAGGUUACUUUCAAGCAUCCUACCCCGACUGAGUCGGUAACUUCGGCACCUCACCAAUCAGCUCUGAGGCUGGAUUACUCGAUGAACGUUCCAGACAUGCGUCCGAGUCCUCAAGACCUGGGGCAUACCAACAUGAUGUAUGCAGCGAUGCCUCGUUCCAUGCAGAAGCCUGUCGAUAUUCCAAACUAUCAGUUUUUGCAAACGGAAGGGAGGAUAGCCCCAGAACCAUUCAACAACAUCCACCCCUGGCUAGACGGGUACGCACAGGAUUUUCCUUCCGUACCCAGUAAUCCUAGCAUGUGGGACGAUUUACCACAGCUAGACAUGAUGGGCAUGAAUCAGGGCUACUAUCCAUCCCCGACCGCAUCUCGCGCAAUGCAACCAUCGCCUCCCAAGGAUAACAUCUCGGACGAGCGUUACGCCAAAAUUGCUAGUUUAUGGCCUAGCAGGAAGAAACCUGCUCGCCGGCUAAUUCAGACCUUGUGGCGAGAUAUCGCCAACUACGAAGCAGACAAUAUGUAUUGCGAGUGCGAUGACGGACCCGACGAAACGAGCACGACCGGCGAAGAUCCGGUGCGUGGCGAGUCAAGAUGGGGUUUCGACGAUGCAAGACGAGCAAGACUGAUCGAUGACUGUCGUCCUCUGCAAAAGGUGCCCUCCGACAAGACACACAUCGAUCGGCGGAUCUCAGCUGAUACACGCAGUGACUCUGGAUCUAGCAGUCAAGAUAUUCAGAGUUUUGGCACGAAGUUUCCAUCAACGCAAAUCCUAGACAUCAGCAUAGAUCUUUACUUUCGUCGCUUUCACCCAUUGAUGCCGUUCAUUCAUGAGCCUACAUUCACGGCCAAAAAGACAUCGAGCACGCUUUUAUUUCCUCUUUGUCUGUUUGGCUUGACUCUUCUGGACUCCGCCCGUGCAAAGAAAUUUGUCAACGCACAAUUGCCUGACGCAAUUGAAAGGUGUCGAACUGACCUUGUUCUAAGCUCACGCCGGGAGGGUCAAUUGGGCGAGCUACUCACCGCCAUCGCGUCUUCCAUGUUACUUCUUGCCCUGGCAGCAGUCAGCUCUCAACAUGGCGCUGCAGAAUAUACUCGCCUUCUGUACAACGAGACGAUGGCCAUUGCGGAUCGUCACGGCUUAUUUGUUCCUCAACAGGGCGAGGAACUCUCGGCAGCUAUUUUCCAAAACUUCUCGGGCGAUGAUGUGAUAUGGAAGGCUUGGGCUCGCGUUGAGUCUGUCAAACGAAUGAUUGUCACCCUCAUAAUGACCGAUUCGUUUUAUUCUCAUCUCGAAGGUCACAGUCCUCGAAUUCACCCCGAGCUUUUGCACUUUUACUUCCCAUGCAAGACUGAGCUGUUUCAAGCCGCCAAUGGGAGACGGUGGUCGCAAAUGAUAUCUGCUGGAGCAGCUACAAUUAUGCCUUGGUUAACACCACAGUUGGAAUCCACAAUACUUCCACCACCGACAGACGCAAGUGCAAUUGGAUUCUUCGGCUUGUUCUCAACAAUCUGGGUCCGGAUUGGAGAAGCCAGAUACCGUUUCAACCUUGCUACACCCGAGAAUACUGGCCUGCUGAUUCCUGCCGAGGUUUUCGUUAAUGACAGCCAGGCAGCAUCAAUUAUCCCUCUGAUUCUACAAGUUUGGCAACAUUACGGUGAGUCCAUUGGGACGAUCAACCCGAAUUGCGAGGCAUUUUGGCACCACCUGUGCCUUGCAGUUACCGCGGACCUUGGUAUUUUUGAGCUGGCCGCCGGCAGGAGUGGCGCAGACAGCGCGAAGAGUGCCUUGGAGAAGAUCAUCAUUUGGUCAUCAUCGGCCGCGGCACGUCGGGCGUGUGUCCAUGCGGCACAAACAUUCUUCAUCAUGUCGAAGAGAAGUGUCAACAGUGGUACUUCAUUCGAGGCAGAAAUCUCACUGGUCCUCUCCGCUCUCGUGCUCGGCCUGUACGUGUUCGUGAUGCCACAGUACGCUGUGCCCAACCCACCACAAGAGAUCGAAGCAUUUGAGCUCUUGGAUCGCGUCAACUGGAAUCUCGUUGGUGAUGAUGGUUUCGCCAAACUUCCACUACCCGAAGCUAAUACGACCUGUCCGGCCAGAACAUGGAUCAGGGAGGGUGGCCCAAUAACAUUUUCGGGUGUUCUUCUUCAUGGCGGAUAUUAUUCUGCUCGGCGAGUGCUGCUGGAUUACGUCUACCUUCUGGAGGACGUUGGGAAAUGGAAUGUGGCCGAGUUUUGCCAUAUAUUACGAAUUAUGAGCGAUGCGCUGAUUGACCUUGAUCCAGCGUAA